CUUCAACGAAUACAGUCAGCGUCGCAAUCGUUUGCAUUUAUACAUAUGUACAUAUGUGCAUAUUAGCGCGAUCAUUUGCGUGCUCUUUAUUUGCUCCUUUUGUUAUUUAUUUUGGUGCUUUGACGCUAAUUUUGAGCUUUGUACCAUCGAUAUUUCGUGUAGACUUCUUUGUUUAGAGAUUAUUUGUGUGCGAUUAAGUGGGCGUGUGCUACGGUUAAAAGAAACUGCAGAUAGUUCUUCUUUUGUGUUUGUAUAUUUAUUUGUUGAUAAGCUCGAACAGCUGAUAAGUGCUUAGCAAGCAUGGUGUUGUUGGGAAAAUUGGCUAUUGUAACAGGUGCUGGUUCGGGCAUUGGGCGCGCCACCUGUCGGCUACUAGCACGUGAUGGUGCUAAGGUGAUCGCAGCUGAUCGAAAUCUGCGCGCAGCUGAGCAAACAGCAAAAGACAUUGGCAACGACCAUGUACUGCCACUGGAAGUGAAUGUCGCUUCAUUGGAAAGUGUUAGCAAAGCCGUCAACUACUCCAUCACACAAUUCAAGCAGCCACCAUCAAUUGUUGUCAAUUCCGCGGGCAUUACGCGCGAUGGCUAUUUACUUAAGCUAACCGAGCAAGAUUAUGACGAUGUGUAUGCGGUGAAUUUGAAGGGCACCUUCUUGAUGACCCAACAAUUUGCACGUGCCAUGAUCGAGCAUCACAUACGCAACGGCAGUGUCGUUAACAUGUCGAGCAUUGUGGCGCGUCUUAGUAAUCCCGGUCAAGCGAAUUAUGCUGCCACAAAAGCUGGCGUCGUCUCACUCACCGAAAUUGCAGCUAAGGAGUUUGGCAAGUUUGGCAUACGUGUAAAUGCCAUAUUGCCCGGGUUCAUUGAUACGCCCAUGGUGGAAGUCGUGCCCGAAAAGGUUAAGCAAGAUGUUUUGCGUCGCUGUCCAAUGGGUCGCUUGGGGCGUCCCGAGGAGAUUGCCGAGGUGAUAGCAUUUCUGGCGUCCGAAAAGUCGUCGUAUGUGAAUGGUGCGGCCAUUGAGGUCACUGGGGGCUUAAACUGAAAAGAAAUGGCCAAACCUUUUCUAAAUUUUACUUGGAUAUUUUGGAGACUUUGGCUUGGAUUUACAUACUAGAAUAUCCGCUGAUCAUAUAUGUAGACACUUGCUGAACUUUCGCAUUUAAGGUUCACUGUUAAAUAUAGAGUUCGUAAGGAUAAGCAUUUAAUGUCUUUGGCAUAAGGUAAAUUUUAAUAUUUAUAAUUUUCUUCCUUUUGAUUUUUUGGCAUUUUUGCGAAUUUAAAUGUUAA